GAUAAAUAAAACAUGGCGAUGCUUCAAGCGAAUCUUGGCUUCAUUACAUCUCCGACAUUUUUAUGUCCGAAGCUUGCAUUCAAAUCGAGCUCAGUUUCUCUGGGCUUUACCUAUCGUUCCCAAGUUCAAAAACUGGAUUUUUCGAGAAGGGUUGAUAGAAGCUACAAUAGAGAUGCUUUAUCAUUCUCAAUCAAGUGUUCUUCGUCUACUGGAUUGGAUAAUAGCAAUACUAUUGUGAAGGAGAAGAGUGUCUCAGUGAUUCUCUUAGCUGGAGGUCAAGGCAAGAGAAUGAAAAUGACUAUGCCAAAGCAGUAUAUACCACUUCUGGGUCAGCCAAUUGCUUUGUACAGCUUUUUCACGUUUUCACGUAUGCCUGAAGUGAAGGAAAUUGUAGUUGUUUGUGAUCCAUUUUUCCGUGACAUUUUCGAAGAAUACGAAGAAUCAAUUGAAGUUGAUCUUAGAUUUGCUCUUCCUGGGAAAGAAAGACAAGAUUCUGUUUACAGUGGACUUCAGGAAAUCGAUGUGAACUCUGAGCUUGUUUGCAUCCACGAUUCUGCCAGACCAUUAGUGAACACUGAAGAUGUCGAGAAGGUCCUUAAAGACGGUUAUACGGUAGGAGCAGCCGUACUUGGUGUUCCUGCUAAAGCUACAAUCAAAGAGGUCAAUUCUGAAUCGCUUGUUGUAAAAACUCUCGACAGAAAAACCCUUUGGGAAAUGCAGACACCACAGGUGAUCAAACCCGAGCUAUUGAAGAGAGGUUUCGAGCUUGUGAAAAGAGAAGGCCUAGAGGUAACAGAUGAUGUUUCGAUUGUUGAAUACCUCAAGCAUCCAGUUUAUGUCACUCAAGGAUCUUAUACAAACAUCAAGGUCACAACACCUGAUGAUUUACUGCUUGCUGAGAGAAUCUUGAGCGAGGACUCAUGAGUUAUCAUUACAAGGUUUUUUAUAUGUUUAUUAAUUUUUUUGACAGGAAAAUAUUCAUAAUUCCUUUUCAAGUGUUCAUGAACGAUCACAUAUCUUAAAAGCCUUAAAUGUUGAAGUGUGUGUAACUGUAUUAUUAUGAUCACUUUAUUGAGUAAAGUUUGGCUCUUCA